AACGAUCAGCUACUCCCGCCGCCAAUUGACCGUUCCACAACCCACAAACCUCCUCGGAGUCUCUCGUAAACGCUUCAACCGACGCCGUACAGCCCCGAACCGCCACAAUGCCUACACCUGAGUCUGCCAUGUUCCUGGCUAAGAAGCCAAAGGUUGCGCCUACCUUCGAUGGUAUCGACUAUGAGGACAACGUUGCCCUGAAGGCUGCACAGGACGCCAUUAUCCGUGAGCAGUGGGUCCAGAGCAUGAUGGCGAGGCUAGUCAGAGAAGAGAUGGGCAAGUGCUACAGGAGGGAGGGAGUCAACCACUUGGAGAAGUGCGGUCACCUGCGAGAGCGCUACUUUGAGCUCCUGAAGAGCGCGAAGGUCAAGGGUUACCUGUUCGCCCAGCAGAACUACAACGAUAUUCCGGCAUCAAAGCCGGCUGCUUAGAUGAUUCGAGUAGCUAUACCCGGAGAACUGAGGGCGAGACAAGUGGAAAGCAGACACCGGGCUCUGCGCAAAGAUCAACUGCAGCGCGAGCACUUGUGAUGAUACGAAUUCAGGCGUUGGUCAAGCACUACAACUGGAGGGUUGCUCAUGUCAAUCUGCAGAAGCAGACCUGUACAUAUACCUGGCAGACAGAGAGGAUGAACCUACAUGAUUUGGGUUGAAACCAGUUAGACCACAUUUCAU